AUGAACCGGGCCUGGAAAGUAGUGCAUCCGUCGCGGUACAACUUUGACGUGUUCAAGCAGAGGGAGGACCUGAUUCUGUCGCGGCGAUUGGAGUACAUCAAGGACUUAUCCGACGAGCUGGCCAAAGACUAUAAGCUCACGUUCAUGCUGCUAUCCUCGGCAUUCCGAACCUCCAUUUCCAACUACGGCGAUGACUACAAGCCAUGGAUAUUCGAUUGGGGAUGCGGCAUCGAUGGACAGCGGCUGCUGCGGAGGGGAAACUCCUGGUUGACCUGGUUCGUGCUGCACGAGGGCCCUCAGCUGUUCUGGGACCAGUGGUGGAGCUUGUCGCCCGACUGUGCCGCAACGAAGAACCACAUUCGUGACCGAUCGAUCGAAGCCUGGUUCCUCCCCAAGGAAUGGAACGACGUGAACGAGAAGUGGCACGACAUCCAGCGGGAUUAUGCUUUCAAGGUCCAGAAAGCGAUGGAGGAGAAGGCGGCAAUCAACUCGGACUUUAUGUCUGUGAAUCCGAUUGGGUACUUUACGCAGUACGCCGAGAUCAGGCGGCUGAGGGAGCAAACCGGUUCGCCCCCGGUAGCGGAGACGCUGUCGCAUGUGCCAUUCCACGUCGACUUUCGCUGUCCGGAGGAGCUUUUCCAGAAGUCUUGUAUGCUUCGGGACGAGAGGGCUGUGGCGAUGGCGGCCCGCACAUCUGCCCGGCUAUGA